UGGGCUUUAAGCCCAAACAAACAAGAUGCUCCAGCUUCUUUGGUUAGUCAGUCAAUCAAAGCUCUGUCUUUUAAGCUUUUAUGGAUGUUUUCGUUGAGGUUCAUGUUUCAAUGUCAAACCCCAGUAGUUUUUAAAUCUCUGUUCUUCCCAUCCUCGUAUACAAAUUCAAUCUAGUACGAUGAGAAGCAUUGAUUUAGCAGCCACUUCCACUCAGCUCAUGCUCGAUAAACAAAUAAAGACAAUUCCUUUAUCAAGGUAAGGAUCUUUUUGUAGUUUUGAUUGAAGAACGAGUUUUUAUAUCUCUCAAAAAAAUGGAGAAGAAAUUAGCUCUUUUGAUUGGGGUUUUACUGUCAUUACAUUUGGCUCAGUUCUUUGGUGCUGAUUUUCAGGUAAAAGCUAAUGAAACAACAGAUACAGAAUUGAAAACCUCAUUAGAUUUAGAAAGAAGUGGAGAUUCAAAUGGUUUGAAUUUGACUUUGGAUUAUCAGACUAAGAGAAAUGAAGUAAAGAAUUUAGGUGGAGGAAAUGGGGCUGAAAGGAAUGGCUCGAGUUUGGUUAAGGCCAAAUCGAAUAAACCGAAGAACUUGGGGAAAGAUCAGAGUGUGGAGAAUGGUAGGAAGGUAGAUGUCAUUGUUGUUGAACCUAAGAAAAGUCUUCACCAAGCUAAAACCAAAGGAGAUUUGAAUGCGGGUGUUAAAUUGGACGAAGAUAGGCGAAAAUCAAGUGAAGAAGAGGCUAAAAAGCCUCUCAAUGUGGAAAAGGGAAAGGGGGAGUCAGGUGAAAAGAAUAAGAAGGAUGAUGAGAUUGUUGAAGCGAAAGACUUGUCUCGGAAUAGGGAAGAAAAUGGAGUUGUUAAAAAUGAUGAGAUUAGGAAGAGCGAUGAGAAGCAAGGCGUUGUCGGGGUUGGGAAUUUGAAAUUGCCAGAGGAGACUACAGGAAGUAGUGUUGAUGAAUGUUAUUUAUCUAUUAAGUGCACUGAUGCAGGGAACCAAUUGAUUGCCUGUUUGAGAGUUCCCGGAAAUGAAUCACCCCAUCUUUCACUUCUAAUCCAGAACAAAGGCAAUGACUCUCUUACAGUUGACAUUUCAGCUCCUAAUUUUGUUCAGCUAGACAGAACAAAAGUUCAACUUAAAAAGAAAGAAAACACAAAGGUUGAGGUUUCUAUUGGAAAUGAAGGAACUGAUAGCCUGAUCAUCUUAAGAGCAGGCAAUCGCGUUUGCAACCUUGACUUUAAGGAUCUGAUCACGCAAAAUUCCUCUCCGAAGUUUGCAUACCUAGGCCUUCCCGCGCAAAGACCUACCAUUGCAUUCAUGUCCUUUGCUGCUUUGCUAAUAGUGGUUUCAGCUUGGUUGUUUGUUAGCUUCCGGAGGAGGAAGUUGCUUUCAAUCGGUGGCUUUACAUAUCAAAAGUUAGACACAGGGCUACCGGUUUCUGUUGGUGGAAAACAGAAGUUGACUGACAAUGAGGGAUGGGAUGAGGAUUGGGGCGAUGACUGGGACGAUGAGGAGACACCGAGGACGCCAUCAAAGCCUUCUCCGAGCCUCACUUCUUCUAAACGCCUUGCCUCUAGAAGGUUGAGUAAGGAAACUUGGAAAGACUAGUUUUGCCACUUUUAAUAGAAUUUCUAUAUUUUAAAGCAAACUAUAUGUUUUUUUUGGUUCUCAACACCAAGUUUGUUUUUUUAGUUCUUGGUGUUUGCAUACAUGAACUUUAUUUCUCUUCAGCAUUAACACAAUCUUCAUUGUGAUGUUUGGCCUGAACUCUGUAUAUGAUCAAUUUGAAUUUUUUGAUCUGACUUUCAACA